AUUUCGUAUAUUUAUUAAAUGCCGACGUCGAAAAAUAUCAUUUAAUAAAGGUGACUGUGUGAUCCGCGAGGUUAUUUAGUGUUCUUUUAGUGAAUAAAUAAAUAAUCAAUAGCUAUCGGAAUUCCGUGAACUUGUGAUUUUCAGGUUUAUCAGCAGCAUGGAUUUCGGAAACUUAUGUGGAUACUUCUUUGUGUUAUCAUUUGUUAAUUUGGCUUGUGGUAAUCUGCACGCACCUAUUAUAAACCCGGGCAUUCUUACUCAGUCGAAGAACCUCGGCGAUUGCCAAGCGUGUAAGUUGUUCGUAGAAUCCUUUAAGAAAGGCUUAGAACGGACAUCUAGGGGAAAAUAUGAAGGUGGUGAUGCAGCAUGGGAGGAGGAAAAGUUGAAAAAAUCGUACAAGCGUAGUGAAAUGCGUCUUAUAGAUAUACAAGAUGGAGUUUGCAAAGAUGAGAAAAAGCAUGCAGUACAAUGCCACCAUAUGGCUGAAAAAGCUGAGGAAUUUAUUGAGGAAUGGUGGUCACAAGACCCUAAUGAGUCAGAAGACUUAUUCACAUACUUGUGUAUAGAUAAAAUACAGGUUUGUUGUCCUGAACAUCACUAUGGUAAAGACUGUACUCCUUGUCCUGGUGACCAUACCAAUAUCUGCAAUGGGAACGGUAAAUGCAGAGGUGAUGGUACAAGGAAAGGAAAUGGGACAUGUUUGUGUGAUCCGGGGUAUACAGGAGAGAAUUGUAUGGAUUGUGAUACUGGCUACUAUUUGUCUUAUAAAGAUGAGAACAAGAUGCUAUGUUCUCGUUGCCACAGAUCCUGUUUAGGUGGCUGUCGUGAAGGCACGCAGAAGGGCUGCGUAGCUUGUAAAUCAGGCUAUGUAUUUGAUAUUGAAGAAGGUUGCCAAGAUAUAAAUGAAUGUGAUGAUAUUAAUAAAUGUAAAAACGAUCAGUUUUGUGUGAAUAGCCUUGGAUCAUAUGCAUGCAUGUCAUGCGACAAGUCUUGUGCGGGUUGCCAUGGUGAUGGGCCAGAUCUGUGCCGUAAAUGUGCCAAAGGUUAUUCUAAAAAAGGAGAAUUAUGUAUCGCCGAUAGAGAGGAUGAGGACCAAUCUGAUAGUCUGACUACAACAAGGUAUAUGACUUAUGUCGGUCUGAUAAUAGCAACAGGUAUUUUACUACCAAAAUCUACAACACUGGGAAGUUUGGUAGGUUUUAUGGUACUAACAUACAUAGUAGGAGCCGAAUACUAUUGUAUGAUUAACGGACAUUCAGGAUUAGUGAAUCUUAAAGACUAUGAUUUAUCACAAUUAUUUAGAACAUAAACAUAAGACGCAUCUAACGAAAAAUUAAACUCUUAAGGGGGUGCAAAAUGUAACUCCUUUCGUUAGAGAUGUCUAAACAUAGUUGAUAGUUGAUGUGAGCUGUGCAUUUUUUUGUGUAAUUUUAUGUGAACUUUGGAUAUAUUUUAUAGCACUUUGGGACAAUUUACAUCCUAUUUAUAUGUGUGGUUCCGAGAUAAAUGUAUUUAUGUGAUUUAACGCAUGUAUGGGAAAAGAUGUAGUCUGUUAUUAUUUAAAAUGUACAUAUUAUCAAUGCUAAAAUAUAUAAGCACAAUGUAUGAGUGAAAUAAAUUGGUCAGAACACUAUAACUAUACAAUUCUUUACAAAAACAUUUUUUAAAUAAAAACAAUUCUUAUUGUAUUUUAUUACAAUAUGAAAAAAACAUCUUACAUAUGUUUGGCCUUAAGUAGUUUAUAUUUAUUUAUUAACAACAAAAAU